AUGUCCACCUUUUCUCGCCUCGUCCGCUUCCUCGCCCGGGACGGCCGCACGUACUACGGCGACGCCAUCCUCCCGCGCGGCAGCACCGACGUGUCCAAGUCGACGCGGGCGCGCGUCAUCGCGGGGGACAUUUUCGGCCGGCACCACGUCACGGAGCAGGUCGUGGACAUCCGGCUGCUGCUGCCGCCGCUGGCGCCCUCGGACGUCGGCACGGUGCGGUGCCUGGGCCUCAACUACGCCGACCACGCCCGCGAGACGGGCAUGGCCCGCCCCGCGUUCCCCAUCCUCUUCUACAAGCCAGCCACGACGCUGGCUGGGCCCUCGGACGCGGUCCCCGUCCAUCCCAUGGCGCAGGAAGAGGCUGGAGGCGGCGUGGGGCUCGACUACGAGUGCGAGCUCGUCGUCGUCAUCGGCAGGCGCUGCUCCGACGUGCCCGAGAGCGAGGCCCUCGACUGCGUGCUGGGCUACGCCGUCGGCAACGACGUCUCGCACCGCGACUGGCAGUUGAAGCGCGGCGGCGGCCAGUGGUCGCACGGCAAGGGCUUCGACGGCUGGGCCCCCUACGGGCCGGCCAUUGUCAGCGCCCGCGUCAUCCAGGACCCCCAGGCGCUCAAGAUUUGGACAAAGGUCAACGGCGAGACUCGCCAGGACGGAUCGACCGCGGACAUGAUCUUUGGCGUCAAAAAGACGAUUGCGCUGCUGAGCCGCGGCGUGACGCUCAUGCCCGGAGACGUCAUCUUCACGGGGACACCUGCUGGUGUGGCCAUGGGCCGCAAGCCGCCGGUAUGGCUCAAGGACGGCGAUGUCGUGGAAGUCGGCCUGGAGCGAGUCGGGACGUGCACCAACACGAUCGAGUUUGCAAAUCCCAAGUCCAAGAUCUGA